AUGCUGUGCCCGUGGCAGUUUGUGUUCAAAUCUCAUGCUGCCAGGAGCCAGUACCCCAGGGAGAAGGAUAUCAACAACAACGUGGAGAAAAAUAGGAAGAUCCAUGGCUCAGAAAAGGACGAUGCCAAAUUGCACAAUCCCAGCAAGAAGCAGAUGGAGAGGCUGCCUAUCAUAACUUCAGCAAAGCCCAGUGAGGGAGGAGAGAAUCUCCCUCCAAAUGACAUCAAAGUUUCAAACCAAAUAUCAGGAUGUCCAAGACAUGUAAGAGUAAGAAACUUGGAAAAUGGAUCCAGCUUUCUUGACACACUACACCUGACUGCAAAAGAGGUUAUCAACUGCCAGACCAAAGCCUGCCAAGGGUCACUCAUGACCCCAAAGGGCCUGGUGAGAGGUACCAGAGAUGGGCCAGUUCCACCAGAGGAUCUUUUACCUCAGGCAAGAGACUUCCUCAAGCAAUAUUACAGUUCAUUUAAAGAGCCAAAAAUCAAAGAACAGCUGGGCCGGCUGGAAGCAGUGACCAAGGAGAUAGAAAGAACAGGAACCUACCACCUGACAAAGGAUGAGCUGACCUUUGCUGCCAAGCAGGCCUGGAGGAAUGCACCCAGGUGCAUCGGGAGAAUCCAGUGGUCCAACCUGCAGGUAUUUGAUGCACGGGACUGUAAAACAGCCAAGGAAAUGUUUGAGCAUAUCUGUCAUCAUAUUCAGUAUGCCACAAACAAUGGCAAUAUAAGGUCAGCCAUCACAGUGUUCCCACCCCGGACGGAUGGGCAGCACGAUUUCCGCGUGUGGAACAGCCAGCUGAUCCACUACGCUGGCUACCACAUGCCAGAUGGCUCUGUCCUUGGGGACCCUGCCACUGUGGAGUUCACUCAGUUGUGCAUCGAGCUUGGGUGGAAGCCGAAAUUUGGCCGCUUUGAUGUACUUCCACUUGUUCUCCAAGCAAAUGGCCAAGACCCAGAAAUAUUUGAAUUACCUCCAGAAAUUGUCCUCCAAGUGCCAAUGGAGCAUCCAAAGUACGAGUGGUUUAAGGAGCUGGAGCUGAAGUGGUAUGCGCUGCCUGCGGUGGCCAGCAUGCUGCUGGAGGCGGGAGGGCUGGAGUUCACCGCGUGCCCUUUCAACGGCUGGUACAUGGGCACCGAGAUCGGAGUGCGCGACUUCUGCGACGCGCAGCGCUACAACGUCCUGAAGGAGGUAGGGAGGAGAAUGGCACUGGAAACAAACAAACUGUCAUCAUUAUGGAAGGACCGAGCUGUUGUAGAGAUCAAUGUGGCUGUGCUUCACAGCUUCCAGAAACAGAAUGUGACCAUCAUGGAUCACCACUCUGCCUCUGAGUCCUUCCUGAAGUACAUGCAGAGCGAGUACCGUGCGCGGGGCGGCUGCCCGGCUGACUGGGUGUGGAUUGUGCCUCCCAUGUCAGGCAGCAUAACCCCUGUCUUCCACCAAGAGAUGUUGAACUAUGUCCUCACUCCCUUCUAUUACUACCAGGUGGAUGCAUGGAAAACACAUGUGUGGCAUGAUGAGACCCGGAGGCCAAGGAAAAAAGAAAUAAAGUUUAGCAUCUUGGCAAAGGCUGUGCUCUUUGCAUCCUCGCUCAUGCGAGGAGUGGUGGCCACCAGGGCCAAGGUCACCGUGAUCUUCGCGACAGAGACGGGCAAGUCAGAGACCCUGGCCAACAACCUGUGCAGCCUGUUCAGCUGUGCCUUCAGCACCAAGAUCCUGUGCAUGGAUGAGUACAAUAUUUGUGACCUGGAAAAUGAAACACUUCUUUUAGUGGUUACUAGCACUUUUGGAAAUGGAGAUUCUCCAGGUAACGGAAAGGCCUUGAAGGACUCCUUGCUCAGACUGAAACUGCUGAGAAAUAAAAUUAGGUAUGCUGUGUUUGGUCUGGGGUCCAGCAUGUACCCAGAGUUCUGUGCCUUUGCUCAUGCCAUUGACCAAAAACUGGCCCAGCUCGGGGCUUCCCAGCUCACUCCAGUGGGUGAAGGGGAUGAGCUCAAUGGGCAAGAAGAAGCGUUCCGCACCUGGGCAGUCAGUGCUUUCAAGGCUGCCUGUGACAUUUUUAAUGUCCGUGGGAGACACAGUAUUCAGUUGCCUGAGAUCUACACCUCUGAGGAAAGCUGGGACCCUACCAGUUACAGAGUAGUGCAUGACUCCCAGCCCAUGGACCUGGCUAAAGCUCUUACAAACAUUCAUACCAAGGAUGUAAUUCCCAUGAAGCUGAAAUUCAGGCAGAAUCUUCAAAGUUCGAAGUCCAGUCGUGUCACCAUUCUGGUUAAACUUCAGUGUGAGACUAACCAGGAAGUGUACUACCUUCCUGGGGAUCACAUCGGGAUUUUCCCAGGCAACCAGGCAGAAUUAGUCCAUGGCAUCAUUGCACGUGUCAAGGACGCCCCUCCAGCUGGUCAAACCAUCAGGCUUGAAACCUGCAUUGAUGGUGGGUACUGGGCAAGUCACAAAAAGAUUCCAGCCUGCACGCUACCUGAGGCUUUGACAUACUUGCUCGAUAUCACUACUCCACCCUCCCAGCAACUGCUAAAAAAAUUCUCCCAGCUGGUGACAACAGAAGGAGACAAGCAGAGGUUGGAGGUGCUGUGUCAGGUGAAGGAAUACAAUAAAUGGAAGUUUUACAACAGCCCAAACAUCCUGGAGGUCCUGGAGGAGUUCCCCUCUGCUGAGGUCUCCACAGCUUUCCUGCUGACUCAGCUGCCACUUCUGAAGCCCAGGUACUAUUCUGUCAGCUCCUCCUGUGACAUGACAGCCAGAGAGAUCCAUCUGACAGUUGCAGUUGUAAACUACAGGACAAGAGAUGGAGAAGGGCCUUUGCACCAUGGAGUCUGCAGCACGUGGCUGAACACAAUAGAGCUCAAUGAAACUGUUCCCUGCUUCAUCCGCAGUGCUAAUGAGUUCCACCUCCCCGAGGAACCAGCCAAGCCCUGCAUUCUGAUCGCGGGCACGGGCAUUGCUCCCUUCAGGAGCUUCUGGCUGCAGCGCCUCCAUGACCUGGAGCACAGAGGGCUCAGAGGAGGGGACAUGACCUUGCUGUUCGGCUGCCGGCAGCCAGACCUGGACCACAUCUACAGGGAGGAGACUGAGGAGAUGAAGAGGAGGGGAGUCCUGAGAGGUGUCUACACAGCUUACUCCAGACUGCCUGGCCAAGAGAAAGUCUAUGUCCAGGACAUCCUGCAGGGGCAGCUGGAGGCCCGCGUGUGCGAGGUGCUGCACGGGCAGCAGGGCCACGUCUACGUGUGCGGGGACGUGCGCAUGGCGCGGGACGUGGCCGCGGCGCUGCGGGCGCUGCUCGCCCGGGCCCUGCAACUCAGCCCGCAGCAGGCGAACGAGUACCUGCAGCAGCUCAAGAGCCAAAAGCGAUACCAUGAAGAUAUAUUUGGGGCUGUGUUCCCACAUGAAGUCAAAAGAGCUUUGCAACCCACCAGCUGA